AUGGAGCGCUCCCAGAGCCGGCUCAGCCUCUCCGCCUCCUUCGAGGCCCUCGCCAUCUACUUCCCCUGCAUGAACUCCUUCGACGAGGACGACGGCGAUGAGAACGCUCGGAAGCUAAAGGGCAUCCAGCGCAGUACAGAGACGGGGCUGGCGGUGGAGAUGCCGAGUCGCACGGUGCGGCAGGCCAGCCACGAGUCCAUCGAGGACAGCAUGAACAGCUACGGAUCACAGGGGAACCUUAACUACUCGGGGAUGUGCCUGGCCUCCGAUGCCCAGUUCAGCGACUUCCUGGACGGCAUGGGCCCCGCCCAGUUUGUAGGCCGGCAGACUCUGGCAACAACCUCCAUGGGUGACGUGGAAAUUGGCUUGGCAGAGCGGAACGGGCAGCUUGAAGUGGAGAUCAUUCAGGCCAGGGGACUCACCAUGAAGCCAGGAUCCAAAGGGCCUCCAGCGGCGUACAUAAAGGUCUACCUACUUGAAAAUGGCGUCUGUGUAGCUAAGAAGAAGACCAAGUCGGUGAGGAAGUCGCUGGACCCGCUCUAUAAUCAGGUCCUGGUCUUCUCUGAAGCUCCCCAGGGGAAGGUCGUACAGGUCAUAGUGUGGGGAAACUACGGCCGGAUGGACCGCAAGUGUUUCAUGGGCGUAGCUCGCAUCCUAUUGGAGGAGCUGGAUCUGAGCACCAUGGUGAUUGGCUGGUACAAGCUGUUCCCCACCUCUUCCAUGGUGGACCCCAUGAUGACGCCCCUCAUUCGCCACUCCUCGCAACUCUCGCUGGAGAGCACGGUCGGACCUUGCUGUGACCGCUCCUAA